GGCUGAGAAGACGGAAGUACUCAGUGAAGACCUGUUGCAGAUCGAGAGACGUCUGGACACUGUGAGGUCCGUGUGCCACAUUGCCCAGAAGCGAUUAAUCGCCUGUUUCCAGGGCCAGCAUGGGACAGACCCUGACAAGAGGCAUAAAAAACUUCCUCUAACAGCUCUUGCUCAAAAUAUGCAAGAAGGAUCUGUCCAGCUAAGUGAUGAAACUCUGUUGGGGAAAAUGCUGGAUACGUGUGGUGAUGCAGAGAAUAAGCUGGCAAUGGAGCUGUCUCAGCAUGAAGUACAGAUCGAAAGAGAAGUUUUAGAUCCUCUCUGUGCACUAACAGAGACAGAGAUCCCAAACAUUCAGAAGCAGAGGAAGCAGCUUGCAAAGCUGGUGUUGGACUGGGAUUCUGCAAGAGGGAGGUACAACCAAGCCCACAAGACAUCAGGAACAAAUUUUCAAGUGCAUCCUUCAAAAAUUGAGUCUCUUAAGGAAGAGAUGGAUGAAGCUGGAAAUAAAGUAGAGCAAUGCAAGGAUCAGCUAGCAGCAGACAUGUAUAACUUUGUGUCCAAAGAAGGGGAGUAUGCUAGAUGUUUUGUUAUGUUAUUAGAAGCACAAGCAGAUUACCAUAGAAAAGCAUUAGCAGUCAUAGAAAAGGUCCUACCCGAAAUUCAAGCCCAUCAAGACAAAUGGACUGAAAAACCAGCUUUUGGGACUCCCUUAGAAGAACACCUCAAGCGCAGCGGGCGUGAAAUCGCCGUGCCUAUUGAAGCCUGUGUGAUGAUGCUCUUGGAGACAGGCAUGAGAGAGGAGGGCUUAUUCAGAAUUGCUGCUGGAGCCUCCAAGUUAAAAAAGCUGAAAGCUGCCUUGGACUGUUCCACUUCCCAGCUUGAUGAAUUUUACUCUGAUCCCCAUGCUGUUGCAGGUGCCUUGAAAUCUUACUUGCGAGAGUUGCCAGAACCUUUGAUGACUUACAGUCUGUAUGAAGAAUGGACACAAGCUGCCAAUAUUCAGGACCAGGACAAGAAGCUACAAGAGCUGUGGAGGAUUUGUAACAGAUUACCUAAACCUUACCAUGCUAACUUCAGGUAUUUAAUCAAAUUUUUGGCCAAGCUUGCACAGCACAGUGAUGUGAAUAAGAUGACCCCCAGCAACGUCGCCAUCGUCUUGGGCCCCAACUUGUUAUGGGCAAAGACUGAAGGAUCCCUUGCUGAAAUGGCAGCAGCAACUUCAGUCCACGUGGUAGCAGUUAUUGAGCCAAUUAUUCAGCAUGCAGACUGGUUCUUCCCUGGAGAGCAAGAUUUCAACGUGUCUGGGGCAUUUGUUGCAAUCCCUGCUGUUAAUUCAAAUCACUUGUCACACACUGGGAACGAGUACGAGUGUGGGACGCUGGAACGGAAGAGGCCUGUCAGCAUGACUGUGAUGGAAGGGGAUCUCCUGAAGAAGGAAGGUACCUCAAAAUCUAAGGACAACUCAUCUUCAGCUACUCCUCCAUCCGUGAGGAACGGUGGGCACGCGGGCACUGUGCAGAGCCAGUCCACAAGCAGCACUAAUCAGCUUUCUGUUAAUCAGCCACAGAAUGCGGCGGGUCCCAGUCCACAUUUAAUGAGGAGAGACAAUGAUUUAAUUUGCUUGCAUCUCCCUAAGGAAAUGCAUCUUUGGGCUUUUGGCUUGUUUCAUGAGUGCUGCAGCCAGACCUCUCCUCCCGCUGCGGUGGGCAGCGAGCACGGACCCGAGCAGCCCUGUGACACUCCUCCUCAGACCCCCACGCCCCCUGACACCCCCCCUCUGGGAAAGCACAGUGCCGGCUCCCCCUCGGCACAGCCCCAGCCGCCUGCUCCAGAGAGCUCCCAGUCCCCCUCCCCGCCUCAGACUGGGACGCUGCCCAGGCCCCGGCCGGUACCAAAGCCCAGGAACAGACCCAGUGUCCCCCCACCACCACACCCCCCCUCCCAGCUGCCUGGGGACGGGCUCCUCGCGAAUCCCACGCCAACGGCUUCCAAAAUAGUCACAGACUCCAGUCCCAGUGUUCCAGAACCAUCUCCAAACCCUUCCUCAGAGCCUCUGCCGGCGAGCAAAGAGCUGCACAACCACGUCUCGCUGGAGGUGGACGCCGACACGGAGAGCACUGCUCUGUAG